AUGCAACAAGACGCCAUAUUUCCGGGAGAAGUUCACGGACCACCUGGUCCCCCAGGACCUCCAGGACCCCCUGGGCCACCGGGUAUCAAGGGUCAUAGAGGCUAUCCUGGAUUUCCGGGUCCGAUUGGUCUCGACGGUCCGAAAGGAGACAUGGGUCCUCUCGGUAUCAAAGGCGAAAAAGGCGAUAUCGUAAAUUUCUUAAUUGCUAUUCCCAUGAUUUCUAAUUCUUCGUUUAGGGACCGAUUGGUCUUCCAGGUCAGCGUGGUCCAGUAG